UUAGAAUAUUAUGUGAUUAUAUUCUAAGUCUAUGGGUGUUUCAUACUUUGUUCUUUUUCAAGAUUGUUUAACUAUUAUUUAGAUUUAGAAGGCUUUAUACAUAGAACAUGCCAUGGGACAUAACAGAGGAUUUUGAGUACGUGGUGGUACAGCAGGAGGCUCCACAAAUAUGCUUUGGUUCAACACUGGAGAAGGAAACGCUGCCAAUAUCUGGGCCCAACUUGAGUUCAUUUAUGCGCCGUAUUGUCGGUGAAAACUCUCCAAACCUAGGACCUGGAAGUCAUGUUGAUGGUCGCGACGCAUUCCACGACGUCACACAUAGAAAAUACGGCAAAUACGGACUCGGGCCGCGAGCACCGCGGUUCAUUGUGAAGCACGAGUACCAGCCUCCAUGGCGCGAGCCACCUAAACCAGGACCCUGGCCACAAAACUGUGCACCUUUCAAUUCUACUGCCAAGAGGAAGAGUAUCUUCAAAUCUAAUGAUAAUCCCUCACCUUGUGAUACCAGCCCUGUUUAUAAGAAGAAGCAGAUUAAAUUCGCCUACAGUUUUCAGGGUAAAAAGUCACUGAUUUGCCCAGUCGUGAUGAAAUGUGUGCCCUACAAUUUGGAUCAGUGCGGGGCUUGCGGGUGUUUUUGCUCUGCGGAAGGUGAUUACUGGGCGUUUGAGAACCGUAUCUUCCUCUGCAGAAGGCAUUAUAACAAAUUUUUCAAACAUUGCUUGUCUAAGUUCCAAGGAGCAAAAUUGGCUGAUUUUAAGCCGAUAAGGGAUUGUUUCUUCGCACAUGCGCACAACAGCUGUAAGGCUGCUGUCAAAAUAAUGUCGAAAGAAGACAUCACGAAGAAACUUCGAAAGGAAGCGUACCUUGACCUUUUCUUCCCAAUGAGGCGGUUUUGCGACAUCUAAAGUUCACAUAAGGGCUAAUUCUUUAAGCAUCUAUGAACUGCAGUAUUAGGCGUAGAAGUAUUUUGUAAAUCUUUUAAAACUUUAUGUGUCAACUCUAAUGCUAGCAACCCCAGUGAGAAGCAAAGCACGGAAAUUGGCAACACCGUUUACAUCAAUCAUCUGACUGCGACAAGAGAUUUGUGUUAUCUUUCGUAUUUAUUAUUUAUUUUCAUAAGGAAUCAAUAAUUCAGAGCUCGUGAAAGUCAAUAUGAAGUUGGAUUCAAAUAAUAAGAUGAUAAAUAACGAGAGUGGAGCGGAAACACCCGAAGAUGUGGUGGAUCCGCGGCAGAACGCAGAGGAUCUUAUUGACGAGAUACUGGCAGAAUUUACCGAGUCUAGGUCGCCGCCUGAUGCAGUGAGAAACGGCAACGGGAUUCCGGACAACUUGUUCAGCAUGAUACAGCCACCACGAACGAGAACACCCGCCAAUUCACUCUCGGAAACAGCCAUAAUAGACGAUAUCGACCCAGCGUCGGAUCUCGGUACAUCGAUACGAAACAAAUGCCUCGAACUCGAAGAGAUAUUGCAGAGCCUCAAAUCGCGGCUGAACCACGUAGUGCUGGAUGAAAAUAUAGUCC